AUGGAGCACGAUAUGGAUGACGCGCAACCCGCGCCGCCUUCCACGGCGGUGUGCACGCAUCGUCUGGUCGUGAGCAGCCCCAGCAAGGACGGCCACGCCAGCCCCGGGUCGCCCGAGGUGAUGUCGGUGCUGGGCGGCAAGGCGUCUUGCCGGCGGAAGUUCGUCCUGCACGUGCAGCUCACGGACGACCAGGGUAACCCAGUGAGCAAGGACCUGGCUGUCACGGCCUCGCUCACCUACUCGCACGACUGCAGUGCGGUGAAGCUGGAGGAGGGGCAGGCGAUGGUGGAGCCACCGCUCUUCACCACUUUCAACGGCGUUGAGUUCCCCGCACACCUCCGCCCCUCGCAGAUGCUCGCAGGGCGAGCGACGUUCAAGCUGGCGCUGUCGGUGCUGUCGUCCAAAUGUGACAACCGCCUCUUCGCCGUGUGCUUCACCGCCGCCACGCCCCUCAACGCGCCCACCCCCCUCAACCCCGAUGGCUCUCCCCUGCUCGUCGCCCCCGGCUACUCCCGCGCCAUUCGCAGCAUCUCUCGCAAGAGGUCGCGAAACGCUGGCCCCGGCGCCGCUACUGCCGGCAGAGGCGGGGGCAACGGCAAUGCGAGCAGCAGCAGUGCGAGCCACGGCAGUGCAGGGCAGGGCGGGCAGGGCGGGCAGGGUAACCACGGCGGCCACGGGCUGCAUCUGGCGUCCAACGGACUGCAGCUGCCCUCCAAGCUCGCCUUCCUCGCCCCCGUGGACGUGCCCGCCGGGCCGCUGCUCUUCCCGCCGGCCUCCGCCCUCUCGCCUGCACCGCGCCGCUGGAGGGGCAAGGCCAGCCACGAGUUCAUCACAUCGCCGCCCGCUGACGUGGCACACGACCUGCCCUCGUGGCGCAUGUGCCCCUCUCCCUCCGCGCCCCUGCUCUGCCCCUCCCCCUCCUCCCUCCUCCCCUCUCCCCAAGGCCCCCACAAGCCCCGCUCGCUCCCCCCCACGCCCUCUCUCCCAAUCCCUUCCCCCACGGGGGGAGUGGCGCACUCCCCCUCCCCCCGGGCGGCAGCAGCAGCAGCAGCUAUGCCGUCUCCGUCACCACGAGCGUUUUCCACGUCAGCACCAUCGCCAACUGGCACUGUGGGAUCAACGAGUGCCAUGUCAGCACACGGCUCGCCUGCCAUUGGCGCACGACCCUCCCCCUCCCUGCCACCCCGCUCCUCUCCCUCCAUCGCACCCCGGCCCCCCUCAGCUGCGCCCUCCCCUGCCCCAUCCUCCGCCCCAGUUGCGCCCGGCCCAGCUGCACCGGCCCCUGCUCCAUCGCCCUCCCUGGACUCGUCCAUGGCAGGCAGCAGUGGCUGCCACGUCAGCAGCGAGCAGAUGAUGAGUCAGGGAGCCACGUGGAGCACUGGCGCUACUGAUGCUCGCCCUGCUCCUGCGCUCGCCCCUCCUGCGCCGCUUGCUCCCUCUCCUCUCUAUGCUCCUGCUCCCCCUCCUCCGCCUGCCCCUCCUCUCCCUGCCUCUGCCUCUGAGCCACCAGCGCACCCGCCUGGAUCCUUCUCACACUACCUCACCACGCCACUCGUCUUCCCCUCCUCCUCCUCCCCCUCCCCCUCCCUGCUCCUCUCCACGCCCCACCACGCUCUGCCGCCCAAGACUCUCAGCUACAGCCAGAGCUACAGCGCCUGCUACAGCCGCCCUCCGGCUGACGCCUAUGCAGCCCCAAGCGUGCCGGCGCCUGGAUGUGGGGUGGGUGGGAGAGGGGAGGAGGCGGCAGCAACAUACGGGGAAGCGAGCGCAAUGAUACCCACCAGCCAGUUCACCGGCCAAUGUACAGACCAAUUGGCGCUGCUGUAUCACCACGUGCCCUUGCAGCAGAUCCCAGAGCAAGCCGCCGAGUUCCUCGUCCAAUCAGAGCAGUGCACGUGGCAGCAGCCGCUGCAGCACUCUGUGAAGAUGGAGACGGAUGGGGGGGAGGAGGGAAUGCAAGAGGGGCAGAACCAUGGGCAUGGGCAUGAGCAUGAGGGGCAUGGCUAUGGCCAGCACCAGCAGCAGCAGCAGCAGCAGCUGUCGGCCUUUUUGUCGGAGGAGGCGUUUCAAGGCAGCUUGUCUCCCUUCAACUCCCCCUUAGCGGACCCGCUAUUCGGCCCGCUCAUGAGCCCCUUCUCGCUCUCGCCCGGCCCGGGCCUGCCAGCCAUGCCGCUGCUGGACCCCUUCAAGCUCUUCGCCCCCGCUGCCGCCGCCACCAUCACCCCCGCCGCCGUCACCCUCGCCGCUGCUGCCGCCGCCGCUGCCGCCGCCGCUACUGCUGCCGCUGCUGCCGUCGCAGGCGCAGGGGUCGGGGGGUCAGGGCCACUGGGUGCAUCCGCAGGUGGGUUUGCAGCAGAAGAAAUGUGUGUGGCGGCUCCUCUCUCCUUCCCCCUGCCCCCGCCCUUCCCCCUCCCUCCGCCCUUCCCCCCUCCGCCUGCCCUGCCCUCUGCGGCGUCCUUUGCUCUGCCUGACUCCCCCGGUACCCAGGCCGCCCUGGAGCAGUGCGCCUGCUCUCCCCUGCUGGGAGGCGCGGGGGUUGGGGCACAGGGGGGCGGAGGAGGGGGGGAAGGGGAGGGAGGUGGAGAGGAGGAGGGGUGGAUAGAAGGUGCAAGGGAGGAGGACACUGGGGAGAAGAGCAGCGGCAGUGGGGCGAUGGGAGAAGGAGCGAAGGCGAGCAACACGCAUGGUGCUACUGGCACAACACCUUUCAUCGACUCGUCGCCGGAUAAGACCUUCCCUGCGUACGCCUCACCUCCAGAUAAAGCAUCCCCCUACUCCCUGCCCCCGCAUGCCUCCUCCUUCCUCCCCGCCCAGGACUCCCCCUGCCAGGCCUCUAACUCCUCCACCCCCUCUGGAGCCCAUGCCCGCCAUGAGGGCAGGGCGGAGAGGGCGGAGAGGGGCGAGGGCAGGGGGAGGCGGGCGCUGUUCUCGGGGGGACAGAGGCAGCCGUCCCGGCUGGGGGAGAGGGGCUGGCGGAGCUCAGAGCGGGGCGAGGGCAGCAAGGGGACGAGUGAGAGCGAGAGUGGGGAGGAAAAGGGAGCAGCUGCAGCAGCAGCAGGGCCAGGGGGGGCAUCGGCACACGGAGGUCUCAGCAGCAGCGUGCUGACAGCCUCCCACAGCAUGUCCCCUGGCGGAGGCAGCAGGGCGCGGGGCAUGUGUGCGGGCGUGAAAGGGCGAGCAUCACACCUCAAGGGGCUCACCAUUAAAGCACCCCCCCGCCCCUCCCUGCGCGCCAACCAGUCGCUCUCCGCCUUCUCCCCCUACCGCUCCCCCCGCUCCUGCACGAUCUCCCCCUCCUCGCGCGGCCCCAACCUCUCCCCCCUGCCGCGCACCGCCUCCCCCCGCACCAUGUCCCCCCGCCUGCUCUCCCCUGGAAUGCUCUCCCCCCUCGGCCGCGUCCUCGCUCACUUCGGCAGCCCCCGGGGGGCCAUGGGGGCCGCCUUGUGGGGGGAGGGCGCAGGGGCAGGGGGGAGGGCGGGGGGAAAGGAGGGCAUGGGGAUGGACGUGAAGGGGGAGUGGGGCAAGGAGAGCAGCAGUCUGUGA